AUGCCGACGAUCAAAGGCGUGGAGGAACCCGACUUCUUCAGGGCUGGUAUAGUUUACAGAGAACUGGGAUACUGGUUAUCUCAUAUGAAUAUAUACUAUCAAACCGAGAAGUAUUUUGAGAAAGCGAUCAGGCAGGGUCAAGAAAAUGAUUUUAGAACCUAUAUUGGUUUAUGCAAGGCGUUGAUGAAGUUUGCUAAAUACGAGGAGGCAGUGGAGACCGUUGAGAAAUGCAGGGAAAUAUAUCCAAUCUACACCCACGUGAGGCACAUGAUGCUUCAAACGUUAUUCCAGAUCGGUGAAUUCGGGUACAGCUUAAUGCACGCCCAUCAAGGCUACCAGAAGUAUCGAGUCACCUUUUUCGAGCAUGGGAUAUAUCAGGGGACCGAGACGAUCGAGGACUGCAUGGGUAGAAACACCUCGCCCAUAGCGUUUCAACUUCUAUCCCCUUGGAUAAGGGAGCUCGAGGAGCACCGGAAGCUACUGAUGGAGAUGCUUAAAGAGGAAGUUGACGAGCUUGCUGGGUUCGAAGAGGGGAACUCGAAGUUCAAAGUAAACGAUCCGGAAGCCCAAGCAGAGGUUGCCUUCAGGAAGCUCCAACGAGUGAUCGCAAAGAUCUUUCUCGGCAAACUAGCCUACGAUAAACAGUUUCUCCAGGAUAUAUCCGAGGAUCCUGAUAUUCUCCAACCGCCUAACAAAGCCUUGGUAGCAGAGCUGCGUGCACUGGCAACGAGAAUUUAUCUAGAAACACAGAGUAGACAAGACAUCAUUCGAACGCGACGACCUCUCUACACGAUGCUUUUCGAAAGAAGAGAUAUACCCAAGGGUCACAGGAUAAUGAUGGAGGAAGAGAAGAAGUUACGUAGAAAUUUAAUCGUCAUCGAGGCGGAUUUCCUGUUGCGUCGUUUGCACGACGUUAGAAUGCGCAAAGAGUACACUACGUUCUUUAGAAUGGUGGAUAGAGUUAAAGACAAGUUCGAUUCCUACUCGGUGAAGAUGUUCCCCUUGAAGCAGCAGUGUCUGAACGCAGUCUACAACAUGGUCGCUUGGAUGUACAUAGACGCCCGGGAUUUAUCCGGUUUUAAAAGUAACCGGAUCAGAAAAAUCUAUUUGAAGCAUCAUCUGGGGAUGCGGGUGGCCGAAUUGCCAAGGGACUGCGACAUCGCCUGGGUGAAGGCUAUCAACCGAAAAAAGGCUCUCAGAGUUUUUCGCAGGAGAUUAGCGAUGGCUUCGGAACCCCUCGAGCUAGCCUGGCUGUUCCACGAGUUAUCGAAACACCUGAUCGACAUCCGCCGCCACGACUUGGCCAGAUUUUACAUAAAGAAGGCACGGAAAAAGGGUCAGGAAGCAGAGAGCGAGCAAUGGGUGCUCAACACCCAUCACUUGUUACUCCGUAUAGAAAUCGAUCAGAAUUACCGGAACGAAGCGAAGGAAGUCGCGUUGCACGCGCUCUCCAGCUCGAAGAAACUUGGCCUCGAUUUUCUCGUCGAUUUCUACACGAACGCGAUCAACGUGAUCGACGAAAUGGACACGGAGAAGCUGAUCGAUUCGGACGCGAUCACGGCUAGACAACAUUUGAUCCUCGAUCUGAUGCCGGAUGACAUGAAGCCCAAAGUGGAUUACCUUUGGAGGAGCAUGGAGGCUGUGCCUGCCAAACGAAGAUUAUCCGUGAUGCCGGGCUGUAAGACGGUCGAUCGAAAGUUCAAACUACCCUGUAAGAGGAUGACCAUUUUGUCCGCUCCUCCCAAGAAUCCUGCGAAGGAAGCCAGGGAUGCUUUGCUCCAACAAUUCGCGCGGACCGUGGAGAGGCCCGGUUUCGUGGACUUUAAUAAAUUCGAAUGA